CUGCGCCCCGGCCCGCCCAGCCCUGGCCUUCCUCCCGCCCACCGUCUGCCAGUCGCUCUUAAACCAGGGGCUGAAGGGAACCAUGGUGUUUGCUCCAGGUGAGAAGCCUGGAGAAGAGCCCGAAGAGGCAAAGCUGCAGAAGACCAGCAAACAGAUUGUGCAGAAUGCCAUCCUGCAAGCUGUGCGACAAGUCUCCCAGGAGAGCCUGCGGAGGCAAGGCGAGCCCAGCAACAUCCGGGGUCAGGGACAGCUGGGUGGAAGAGAGUUAACCAAGAAGCACGAAAAGAAGUAACGGGGCAGGGGAUUUGGCUCUUGUCAUAUGCUUGGUUUCUAGCCUUCCUGUUAGUAUAGGACAUGUCUGUCGCCCAGAUGUUGCCAAGAAGCAAACCAAAGUGUCCUGGACGCCUAGCAGUUGGAAGAGUUCACAUUGUCCCAUGCUGGGGAGCACUAUUUGGGAAAAGUGCAUUAGAGGAAUCUUCUCAUAUGGAUGUGGGGUCUCUGGAAAUAAGGGGUCCAAACUUGUCAUUGCAAAAGUAGGUGUUUUUU